CCAUAAUCGUCAAAUAAUCACCUUGAAGGCAACAACAACCGACAUUUUGCCCUGUGCAUACUCAGACUUUGUAUGAAGAAUAUUUGAGGUCAUCUGCAUCGUUUGAUGCCAGUUUUGGCGCUACAAAUGCAUGGUUCGCUCUGUACACGGUAGUGUCGAGCGCACGCCACGUAGAAAUGCCGGGGAUCGCGUCUGAGACGACGGAACAUCAAGCAAUUUCUGAUAUUCCGCCCGAUGAUGAAACGACGCCGAAUACGAAUGGACACGGUGAAAGCGCCCCUCAGAACGAACCACCUCCCAAGAGGCGCAGAGUCAGUGAAGGCACGCCAUCAAGCUUAACGCGUAAAAAGGACAACUCGCCACCUUGGAAAAAGAUAGUUGCAGAGGGCCCCUCGUCCUUCACUCAGGAUGGAAAACGAAAAUCCGGUCGGACAAACCAGUUACCUCUCACUUUGCAACCUCCAUCAAACAAACGCCAGACUCGACACGCCUCGCAGACAACUUCUUUCGCGGACAAGCUCAGCAAGGGGAGGCAAUCGCUACCGGCGAAUAGCAAGCAUGAUACAAAUAUGUCGAAUAACAAGUUGGGAAGCUCGCCAGGGAAAGGCCACGCGCAUAAAUCGCCAGCGAAAACGGGGUCACAACACGCCUUGAGCGACAAUGAGGGAUCGCCUCCUGCCCGUAUCAAGAGAGCCUAUAACAGACGAGUGCCUCAGCCUGAGGUCAGCGACAAUGAGGAGUCACCAGCUCCUGUAAAAAGAGCAUACAAGAAACGGGCGUCGCAACCGGAGGCCAGCGAAAAUGAACAGUCGCCACCUCCCGUACGUGUCAAGAGAGCGUACAAGAAACGCAUGUCUCAACCCGGGGGCACGCCAACGACAAUACGCCGAUCUGCGAGGGCGUCGGAUAUCCGUUCGAAGGAGACGCCGAAUGACGAGGAUGCGAUAGAAGGCUAUAGCCCCGAGUCCAAGACGAAAUCGCCCCGUAUACGAUUUAAGGUUAAGCCGCCGACUCUGCCGCUCGUACACCCCGAUUUAGUUCUUCGAAGACCGAAACAAUAUCCGACUUUUGAGGAAUACAUACAAAAAGCGUUCAACCAACCUAUUGAGGAAGGGGGUCUCUUUUCUGCGGAAGAUGAUGUGGGGUAUACAGAUGAGAUGGCAUUGAGAGAAGCCAGGUUAAUUCUUAGAAUGGAAGACGCGGCCUUGCCGGGUGGUGUCCUGAGUGAAGAAGUUUCAUCCGCAUACAGGCCGGAAGAGCAAGAAAGCACCAAGCGCAUACCAAGACAGUACUCUCACCAAGACCACUUAGUCCGUGCUGUGACGGAAUUCAGGAUACUAAUGGUUGAGGAGCACAAGAAACACAAGCGCAAUGCGAAGCGCCUUGCCGAAGCUUGCAGGGAUGAGUGGCACAGGAACCAACCUAAGUCUCUCGAAGAAAUGGAGGCAGAGGCGCAAAAGGCAGUCGAAUUACGAUAUAGGUCGGUUGUGAGGGCAAUGCAAAUAACCUGGGACAAUGUCAAGGCCGAGGUGAAUAAGAGGCGUCUCAAACAAUGGGAGGCGGAGGAGCAGGUCAGAGUGCGCAAAGCUCUGAACGAGGCUGUCGACCUAUCCACACAAAAGCUUGAGGCGCGGCGAGCUCACCAGGACUCCGAUGUGCCCAGUUCCGAAGAAGAGGGAGACGAAGAUGAUGAUCUAUCGGCAGAAGAUCAAACCGAUGAAAAUCACAGCGAAAGUGACAGUAAUAUGUCAUCAUCAGAGUCGGAAGCUGACGAGGAACGCGACGUCGAGGACAAAGGGGGCGAUGAGCACUUGACGCUGGAAGAAUUGAAACAGAAGUACUCUAGUCUCCCGGAAACCCCUGUGAGCAUGGAAGUCGACGAAGAAAACGAAGAAGGAUCCGACGUAGAUGUAUUAUUAGACACGGCCAGCAAUAUCAACGGUGAAACCGAAGCAGAUGAAACGGACGAAUCAGUCGAUAUGGAUGACGAUAUGGGAUCCAGUGAUGAAGAACGAGACAGCGAUGAGGAAGAGGAGGAUGAAUCGGAAGAAGACGGUGACGAUCAAGGAGAUGCCAGUCUCUUGGGAUUCCUUGCACCUUCGGAUCUUGCAGAGAUGGGCGUGGAUAAAACGCCAUCUACGCCAUCAGCUGCGGCGGAAGAUGAAGAUAUGCUCGACGAGGAUGAUGAGGUGUCGUUAAUUCCAGACGCGUCUCAUCCCCAAUCAUCUCUUGCUCCUGCUACCGAUGUGGAGGAGAAGGCGAGUGCGGAGAUAGAUGACAAUCCACAACACCCCCUAUCCGAAGUCAUGAACGUCGAUGCUGCCUCCGAGGCCGAAGGCGAAGCUGCCAGCGCAGAUCACAGCACUCAGCUCACCCCAAGGACUUCUGUGACGAAACCCUCAGAUGCCGAGUCAGCUUCGUCCAUAGAGCAGACAAGCGGUCCAGUUACGCCCACCGUAGCUCCCCAAACACCAUCGAACUUGAAAACUCCAGUACCAUUCUUACUAAGGGGAACUCUGAGAGAAUAUCAACACUAUGGUUUAGAUUGGCUUGCGGGGCUGUAUGCAAAUAAUACGAACGGAAUUCUUGCAGAUGAGAUGGGUCUCGGCAAGACCAUCCAAACCAUCGCACUACUGGCCCAUUUGGCGUGCGAGCAUCAUGUCUGGGGCCCUCAUUUGGUUAUUGUCCCGACAAGUGUCAUGCUGAACUGGGAGAUGGAGUUUAAGAAGUGGUGUCCUGGGUUCAAAAUUCUCGCAUAUUACGGCACUCAAGAAGAAAGGAAACGGAAGCGUCAGGGCUGGAAUGAUGUGGACACCUGGAAUGUUUGUAUUACGUCGUAUCAACUCGUCCUACAAGAUCAACAGGUCUUCAAACGUCGGAAAUGGCAUUACAUGAUUCUAGAUGAAGCCCAUAACAUCAAGAAUUUCCGCUCCCAGAGGUGGCAGACCCUUCUUACGUUUAACACACGAGCACGGCUCCUUCUCACCGGAACUCCGCUCCAGAACAACCUCACUGAGCUUUGGUCGUUGCUCUUCUUCCUGAUGCCGUCUGACGGCACGGAGCAGGGUAUCGGCGGGUUUGCAGACCUAAAAGAGUUUUCUGAAUGGUUCAAGAAACCGCAAGAGCAGAUCCUUGAGAAUGGGCGUGAAACAAUGGAUGACGAGGCUCGCGCUAUCAUCACCAAGCUGCACAAAGUUCUUCGACCGUAUCUUCUUAGGAGGAUGAAGGCGGACGUCGAGAAGCAAAUGCCAGCCAAGUAUGAGCAUGUCGAGUACUGUCGACUAUCUAGGCGACAAAGGGAGCUAUACGACGGAUUUUUGAGCAGGUCUGGUACCCGCGAAACUCUCGCGUCGGGAAACUACCUGUCGAUUAUCAACUGUCUGAUGCAACUGAGGAAAGUUUGCAACCACCCGGAUCUCUUCCUAGAACGGCCUAUUCUUAGCUCGUUUCCUAUGAAGAAGUCGGCUGUUGCUAGCUUUCAGGCCACAGACUUGAUGGUCCGUAGCAAACUUCUAUGGCAAGAUCCGAUGAGCACAGUCAGCUUGGGCUUUUUAAAUCUAGUGCCUACAAGGAACGAGCAUUUAUCCCUGGCUGUUAACGAGCGCAGCAACAUGUUGACGGCGCAGCGAGUUCUGAUGGACAUGCGUGAGGCCCAACGUCUCCGUGCUCAAUAUGGCAUGACAAAUAUGGAUCCGUCCACUGUCAAAUCCAACCUUGUUUUCCUAGAAAGCGCAUCGCGAUGGAGUCGGUUUGAAGAGCUACAGCACAUCGUAUAUCUCAAUGCUCUACGGCGACAAGCAAAACCGAUGUAUGGCAAGGGCCUUGUCAAACGCUUUGAUCUCGGGGUUAACCCUCGAUUGUUCGAAAAGCGGCCCACCCGACGAGACCAGGUGCUUGAGUGGAUCUGGAAGUCGUCGAGCGUGUUGAAAGACAUGGUUCUAACGCUAGAGCAACGCUCUGAGGAACUCGAACCCUAUAUCCAAAAGUUCGCAUGUAUCACGCCUCCCAUUGUUGCACCCGACGCACUUCCAGUGCUACUCUCCCGCCGCGGCGUGGAGUACUUCCAGACUGCGCCUCACCGCGACAAGCCCGAUCCCUUCCACGAAGCACGCAUGCGACUUUCCGUCCAGUUCCCCGACAAGCGACUCUUGCAGUACGAUUGCGGCAAGCUACAAGCCCUAGACAAGUUGCUGCGCCGUCUCCAAGCUGGCGGUCACCGCGCUCUCAUCUUCACACAGAUGACCAAAGUCCUCGAUAUUCUUGAGCAAUUCCUCAACAUCCACGGCCAUCGUUAUCUCCGCCUUGACGGCGCUACCAAGAUCGAGCAGCGUCAGAUUCUUACCGAUCGCUUCAACAACGACACGCGUAUUCUCGCCUUCAUCCUGUCUUCUCGUUCGGGUGGUCUCGGUAUCAACCUUACAGGUGCCGAUACCGUCAUCUUCUAUGACCUCGACUGGAAUCCCGCAAUGGACAAGCAGUGUCAGGACCGCGCCCAUCGUAUCGGCCAGACGCGCGACGUGCACAUUUACCGUCUCGUGAGCGAGCACACCAUCGAAGCCAAUAUCCUGCGCAAAGCGAACCAGAAGCGCAUGCUCGACGACGUCGUCAUCCAAGAGGGCGCCUUCACAACAGACUACUUCACCAAGCCCGCGGAAGAAGUCGUCACCGACACGUCUCUCCUAGACGCCGACGCGGCCGCCAGCGCAGCUAUGGACCGCGUCCUUGGUGGCCCGGAUAACAGCACCAAUGUGCAGCGCGUGCUUGAGGCAGCAGAAGACACCGAGGAUGUCGUUGCCGCCAAGGCCGCGGCGCAGGAGACGCAGGCUGACGUUGAGGAUUUCGCAGAGAAGGCUGUCACUGCUGCGCCGACGCCGCGAGCCUCGGGACCAGACACGCCCAUGGAUGACAUUGGCACGCCGGCCACGGGGGCGACGCCCGCGCCGGAGAUUAUGGUUAAUGGCGUGGUGGUGUCGGAGGAGGAGCGCGAUGCAUGGGGACGCCCAGUGGGGUCGAUUGAUGAGUAUAUGCUUGGGCUUAUGAUGGAGCUAGUGAAGGAUACGCCGCUUGAACUGCCCAAGGAGAAGAGCCGUGCGAAACGAGGAAAGGAGCACCGCCAACGUAAUAGAAGGGAGAGGUAGCGGUUUUGUAUGAUAUGUGAUGUUUUGUUAUGGACGGCUGUGCGAUAUGAUAGGCGCGGGUCGUCCGCUGGUUGAAAGCGGGGUGUUUUGCGAAUAAUGAUAGAUUCCCACGGAUCGGUCCGUUUAUGGAACGGCUGCUCUCCGGCAGGGAAGAAUAGUAUACUAGUAUGUAUGAUAGAAAAGGUUGUAGAAAGGA